AAGAUGCUAACAGAAAGGUUGCCAGGUUAAAGGUAGAUAUCCGACGGGUUUCCUGGGUCUAAUAUAAAGUUCAAGUAUUUUUAUUGACAAAAUAAGCUAAAGAGAGAGAGCGAACUAAAGAUGGCUAACGAGGAGACACUUAAGUCCCUCAUGUUUACGCUGAGCUACAUGCUAAUGAAGCGGCGCAGGGACAUAAACAGCGCUGAGACCCAGAGGAGGAGAGAGGUUCAGCGGCGGGUCAGACACAGGCAGUAUUUCCUGCAGAGACAGAGGAGGAUGCUUAUGAUGUUGAUAGCUCAAGGCACGCGCCCCAUCACUGUGGCUCGCACGCGCGCCUGGUCCAACACGCCGAGCACUGAUUGGUGGGAGCGCGUGGUCCUAACAGAGUUCCAGCCCUCUGAUUGGCUCGAGCGCUUCCGUAUGAGCAAAGACACCUUCUUUCACCUGUGCAACAAGCUAAAGCCCUGGCUGGCACGGCAGGACACGUGUCUGCGCCCUGCUCUGCCCCUAGAGAAGCGAGUGGCCUUGGUACUGUGGCGCCUGGCCUCAAAUGUCGAGUACCGUACCAUCGGGGAGCUGUUCGGAGUCGGACGCUCAACCGUGUGCAAGUGCGUACGUGAGGUGUGCCAUGCCAUAGGAGCCACGCUCCGUCCGCUCUACCUUCGUGAGCCAAGUGAACAGGAGCUGGAAGACGCAGCACGCCUGUUUAGCACUCGCUGGGGCUUUCCGCACUGUGUGGGUGCCGUCAGCAGCCUCCACGUGCCCAUUAUUGCACCAGCCACCGAUGCUGAUAGCUACUGGAACAGCCGUGGCUGGCAUUCAGUCAUUACCCAAGGUGCAGUUAACGGCCUGGGGCAGUUCUGGGAUGUGUGUGCGGGUUUCCCAGGUGGCACCGAACCUGCAUCGAUUCUGCAAAACUCCUCUCUGUGGACUCUGGGAUGUGAGGACAGGCUGUUGCCCCAGUCUCUCCCCCGAAACUUUAUGGGCAAGGAGUUAGGGUCUGUAGUCCUUGGCGAUUCCGGGUAUCCUCUUCAGACCUGGUUACUUAAGGCCUACAACAAAAAGAACAAUCUCACAGCUGGACAGCGCGCAUUCAACCGCCGUCUCGAGAGAGCACAUGCUAUCGUGGACGAGGCGUUCCUAAGGCUCAGGGCACGCUGGCAGUGUCUUGUAAAGAGGAAUGAUUGCCACGUAGACGGGGUGCCAGCCAUGAUCGUGGCAUGCUGUGUGCUGCACAAUAUGUGCGAGGUUCACGGCGAUGAGUUAGCAGAGGACUGGCUGGAUGCAGCGAGGCGGGAGGAGAGCCCCAUGCCCACUUACACUGUGCCCAUGUUGGACGAUGAUCCAGCUGGGGAGGAAGUGAGAGAACUCUACUGUCAGUAUUUCCUACAGCAGGAGCGUCAGCAGAACCAGCAAGAGCAACAGGACUGAAGCAGGUUGUUUGAGUUUGAUAAAAAGUUGCAUCUACUAGAUGCUCUUAUCCAUGAGGAUCACUUAUGGUCAAAUUAGUUUUAGAAUUUUACCUUGCCAUACUGUAAAUAUAGUUUUUUUUACUCCAAGAGACUGGUAACGACCAGAUUAGCAGGAUGGAAGAAGAAUUUGCAUAAUUCUUCUUGGCAUAAGAUUCAAUCAACUCUUAUGCCAAGUUCAAAUAUUGUGCAUAAGAAACGUUGAUUAAAAUGGCAUACAGUACCAGCCAAAGUUUGGACACUAAGCGUGCUCCGAUCAAUUGCCCACUGAUUGAAAUCAGUCGAUAAUUACUUAAUUUUUACUGAUUGGUUGUCUCUUAAAUGGCCGAUCACAUAAACCAAUACUACUGUAUUGUAAUGAUGACAAAACUUACACAGCCACUUUAAAACAUGUUGUCACUUUAAAAGAUGAUGCAUUUGCAAUAUGGAAAGUUUUUUAUUCUUUUUUUUUUCAUUAAAACCACAUGGCGGAAUAUCUACCAAAAGCUUUAACACAACAAACCAUAUGCGCAAAGACAUGAGCUAAAAUUUGUAACUCGACCCUCACUCAACCAUCUAUAGCAGAGAGUAAAAAGCCUAAAACUAUUUUCACUAAAAUAAUGCUAAAGAUCACCUGUUCCCAGCUUUGGCCGAGGCAGCUCAGGUUUACCUUACCACUCCAUGUAUGCGGGCUGUCAGUGACGACUAUUCAGCACUGUUACACACUUUCUGCAUGAUAAGAAGAAUAGAAUAAAAAUGUAAAAAUCCUGAUAUUUAUGAAGAACUGCCUUCCCUCGCUGCUUACUAUUGAGUAGCCUAAUUAGCUCACCAAAUGCAAAGUGGCUGAUGUGUGUGUUGUUUAAUAAAAUAAUUUUUAUUUGGUGCAGAGUUUCGAUUUGUUCGAUGCACGUUAUUUUAAGUAAGUGUAUCAGAACAGUAGGAUUUUAUAUAAGCGUUUUGGCAUGUGUGAGAUCCCCUUGAUGCUUUUUAUUAUUUUUUUUCUAUCUUUUAUUCAAACAUUGGCUAUUUGUUUCACUUUCUUUAUUAUCUACAUGAAAUAAUAAGGGACGUUGCUUGUGGUACCUUCAAGUAAAUGAAGGUUUUAAAUUCAUGAUACUUAAUAUUAUGAUUAAUUGCAUUAUGUUCAUUGCAUUAAUUCAAGCACCAUGAUGAAACUGGCUCUCAUGUAGAUCAUCCCAGGCAAGCAAGAUCAAAACUCACCUCUGCUGCAGAGAAAUUCGUUUAGAGUUACCAGCCACAAAAAUCACCAAUUAAUGAACAGCACCUCAGAUUAGAGAUGUUAUGAAGGCAUUAAAGAGCAUAAGUAGCAGAAACACUUUAAUAUCAACCGUUCAAAAGGAAAUUAUUGCAUAUAUUGCCUUCAACAUUGUUUUACAUUGUUUUAAAGACCAUGAAAUUAGAAGGUGUGUCCAAACUUUUGACUGGUAGCAUAUAUACUAAAAACAGGCCUGAAGAUCACACUUAAUUUUUCUUUUGUCAUAUCUUUGCUUUUGUAAGUCAUUAUUAAAAGUAGAGUAUCAAUAGCAUUUUACUUGAGUCCUAGAAAUUUCAGCGCACUUACUGUAUGUGUUAAUUGUGUGGUUUGUGUUGUAGCAGCUGCUCUUAUGGGUAUUUAUGCUAAUAAUAGCUCUGAAUUAGAGGCCAGAUUAAACCUAUGUAGACGAUUAUAUUGUUGCAUUAUGUAUUGUAGUUU